CAAUCGCUUAAGAUGUUCAGUGAAAUGAGAAAGUAAAUCUAAACCAGGAAUGAUCUCUGUAUGAUCUUACAAUUAUUCACACUCAGUCAAGAGUUUAAGGUCACGGAAGAAUUGAGAAACACACUUUAACAGCAUCCAUGUCCUUCAAAGAUGAAGUUUAUUUGUUUGACCUACCUUAUUAUUAGUGGAAUUACUGAUUCAACAUCAGAACAGUAUGAUGUGGUGGGACCAGCAGCCCCUGUAUUUGCUGUAGCUGGUGAAGAUGUGAUUCUGCCCUGUUCAGUCAAACCCAACAUCAGUGUUGUGGACAUGAGAGUGGAGUGGUUUAGACCAGAUCUGAAAGACUCACUAGUGCAUCUCUAUGAGAAUCAUGAAGACAGAAAUACAGAUCAGAUUCAGUCCUAUAGAGAGAGAACAAAACUGAAUCAUCAAGAACUACAGAGAGGAAACGCAUCACUCAAACUCUCAUCAGUCCAAGUCUCUGAUGAAGGACGUUACAGAUGUUUUAUUCAGUCCAAAUCCUGGUAUGAUGACACAACUGUUGUUGUCAAAGUUGGAGCUGUAGGACGUCCUCCAGUGAUCACUGUAGAUGGGUUUGAUCAUUCAGGAGGGCUUCAUCUACAGUGUGAAUCUGAAGGUUGGUAUCCUGAACCUGAUCUUGAGUGGCUGAACAGUGAAGGAGUCAGUUUGAGUUCAGAAAAAACAGAGAUGCAAAGAAACACAGAUGGUUUCAGUGUGAAACACACCAUCACUGUACAUCACAGAGAAGACAAGAUUCACUGCAGAGUCAAACUGAGACAUCACGUGCUGGAGACACUGAUUGUGACCUCAAGUAAAAGUUUUAAUCCUUGGAGGACAUCAAUCAUCUUGAGCUCAAUUACCUUUGUGCUCAUUCUGAUAGCUGGAAUACUGAUAUAUGUGUUUGAUCAUAAAUACAGAGGUACAUUUUUUUCUUGAAAGUCAUUAACUUAUUUUACUAUAAGUUAUUAUUUCACUAUUAUUUCACACAAAAAUACUGUG